GUUGUUGGAACCAAGUACAUCUUCAUCAAAAGCCAGGUCCCUGUCGUGCUUCUGCAAACCAUCCGUGGCGUUGGAACGAAGGGGCAGAUCGUCCACGUAAGGCGCGGGUAUGCGCGGCAUGUCCUGGUGCCAAAAGGACUAGCGGCCUUCGGUACAUGGGAAAACAUCGAUGCGUUUGCCGAUCCAACGUUGAUCGCUGACCCCACGCUGAAGGCACGCGCUGCAACGGAGAGGGGUCAAUUGCCAUUCGAUUGGGUGGGCGACGUCCGUCUGAGAUUUGUUCGCCCUGCUCGCGAGGAUCAAAGCAUGGCGCUUCUCGAGCCUGUUUCCAAAUGGGACGUGCUUGAGGACCUUUCAACCAACCACGAGUUGGACCUGCUCCCGGGCAACCUGGAUAUUCCUGACGGCGGUCUUAGCAGAGCUGGAUUGCAUGAGGUCCCUGUGAGCAUUCCCUUCCGCAACCCGGAGACUGCGGCAGGAAAAUACACCAUUCUGGUGGACGUGAUCUCCAAGCAGAGCCAGGAUGAAGAGCUUCAGCGCGAAGAAAUGAAAAAGGCUCUCGAGCAGGGCAUGAGCUACAAACUCGUGCAACGUGGGGGAGCAGUCCAGGAUCUUGCCGAUGAAGAUGAUGCCGGCGAUGAAGAAGAGUUUGUCGAGUGA